CUAAGCCAACCGUGCAAUUUUCGUUGGUAUUCAUUGCCCCGAUCAAGACCCUAUAACUCCAGAACACGAUUCACGUUCCGACAAACCCAGGUUCUGACCUCGUCCUUCACUUUAAACGAACACCUCUUCUCUCUGCGCAAGAUCAUCAAUUUCUGCCUUCCUCUCUCUCUCUCUCAGCAAGAUCGACAAUCAGACAGAAUAUCUAAUUCGCCAUAACAGCCACGAAACCUGGUAUCUCGUAAGGUACUUUUGUCUCUUCCUUUCUUUCUCUUUCCCGCUGAACGUUCUGGUUGAGUUUAUUCGCGAAAAACCCACGUAAGAUCGCUUUAAUGUGGGAUCAAAAGAGGUGAAAUCUAACAGCUGCUCAAAAAAAGACAGUCUCAUUAUGGAGCCUCUAAAUCAAAGCUAUGAAACUGAAAGCCAAAAUGACGUAAUGAACCGUCGUCUUAAAAAUCGAGAACGGCAACGUAGAUACAGGGCUCGGAAGCGCCUUGAAGCAGAUUUGAAGAAAUCUCACAUGAUUAACAAAUCAACUACCCUUGAAGUAGGGCUGCAACCGAAUGAGAAUCUUAACAAUUGCAGGACUCGCGUUCACUGUUUGCGAAAUUGGAAAAAGGAUGCAAGAAUGGCUCAUGCAUGUAAGAAUAAUGGAGACACACCGAAUGCUUCUGUCACUCCUGCUUUGACGUCAACAAUUAAUGGCUAUACACUCUCCUUGCCUUCUGAUACGAAGGAAGUGGUGCCACCAGAGAAUAAUAGUACUUCUGCAAAUUUACUUAGCCUGUCUAGUGGAGAAGCGCACAAACCAAUGCUUGUUCGAAGAGACUGGAAAUCUGAAGCUAGAAAGAAGAAACACUAAGGUGGUUGUCGUUGACUUGUAGUUAUGGUGGACUUCCUGAAGAUACUGAUUGAAUUGUGGAUAUAACCCUGCCUCUUUGAUGGUGAAAUCAUGAUGUGGCCAAACAAAUAUGCAAAUGGGGUAAGUGAGUAUCUUACCCCGCUGAAGAAAUCAUUUUUUCCUGUUUCCGUAAUUCUUGCUUUUUCAUAGAAUAACAUAUGACAUAGUGGUAGAGUUGUAGUGGUACAACCUAAAAGUCACGGGUUCACUUCAUGUAAAUAGUCUCUCCCCAUAAUAAGGUGAGGUUUGCGUAUAUCUUGCUUAUUCUCAACCCCUUCCACUAUGCGAGUGUUGUGCAUAAGAGUUGUUUUUCUUUCAACUUAGAGGUCAUAGAUUCAAUUCUUGUAAAUAACCUCUCCACGUAUUAUUUGAGAUAAAAUCUACGUACAUUCUAUUUGUCUCUGA